CCAUUAGAACCAUGAACUAACCGGAUUUCAAAAUGUCUUAUAUACAUUUUAUCACACAUUCAAUGAUUCAAACCAAGGUGGAUUGAUAUCAAUUGAUUCAAACCAUAGUAAAAUAAUUAAAGCUCAUCCAAACUAUCAUUUUUUUUCUGGUUUUUCAUCAUCAUUUUCCUCUAGUUUUAUAUAUAAUCUAUAUUCUUAAACUUAAUAUUACUUAAUAUUUCUAAUAUAGAAAAGUUAAAGAAAUGUAUAUAACUAAACUAUAAACCAUAUUAUAGUUUAUUUUGUAUAUAACAACAUUUUCUGUUCUUCCAUAUUUUAAGGUUUUGUUCUUCAAAUUAUUAUCAUUUUAAUAGAUUUUGUUACAUAUUAACAAUGGAACCAUCUAUUAGUAGACCAUCAUUUGAAGAAAUUCAAAUUCCUGUACCAUUUGGUUUUAUAAGUGGUAAAUGGUGGGGACCAAAAGAUAAACAGCCUAUAAUUGCAAUUCAUGGAUGGCAAGAUAAUGCUGGGACUUUUGAUCCUUUAAUUGAAUUACUACCAAAAGAUUUAUCUUUUUUAUGUAUAGAUCUACCAGGACAUGGACGAUCUUCUCAUAUUCCCUCGGGUUUACCUUAUUACAUAUUUUGGGAUGGUCUAGUUAUUUUGAGGAGAAUAGUCAAACAUUAUAAUUGGAGAAAAGUUUCUAUCAUGGGCCAUUCUUUGGGUGCAGCUAUUGGAUUUUUAUAUGCAGCAUCAUACCCCGAUGAUACAGAAAUGUUGAUAUCCAUUGACACAGUAGCACCUGUAAUUUUUGAUCCUAGUGAAAUUGUUAAAAAUACUGGACCAAAUGUCGAUAAACUCAUAUACUACGAUGCAUUAGGAAUUGAUAAAAUGCCUUCUUACAAAUACUCUGAUAUGAUUGAUUUAGUUGUGGAUGGACAUCAUGGUACAUUGACUCGUAAAUCUUGUGAAAUACUUAUGAGACGUGGCAUGUAUCGUGUUAAAGAUAACAAAUAUUUGUUUUCAAGAGAUAUACGUCUUAAGGUUGUGUGGAUGGGUUUACCAUCUCUAGAUGUAGUAAUAACAUUUGCUGGUCAAAUAACAUGUCGCUAUAUGAAUAUUAAAGCUAAACCAUACAGAUCAUUAGAUAACUGGCCAGUCUACUCACAAGUUUUGGAAAUAAUAAAAAUGAAUGCAAAGGAAUUUGUUUUUAAGGAAUAUGACGGUACUCAUCACUUACAUCUCAAUAAUCCUGAGUGCUUAGCUUCAGAUGUUGCAAGUUUCAUUCAACAGCCUAUCAGCUCAUCACUGUGAUAUUAUAUUAUAUUGUAUAACAUGUAAUUAUAAAAUAGUUGCUAUUAGUCCUCAUAUAUUAUACAUAACACACAUGUAUAUAUAUUAUACAUAAUUCAUCAUGUUAUGUAUAGCAGUGCUAUAAUAUUUAUAUUUAAGAUAUUAAUAUUUUAUACUUUCUUGUUUAUAUUAUGUUUUAUGUAUAAUUUACAUUUCAACAGGUCUAUAUUAUAUAAUAUGUUUAAUAUUAAUAUACCUAAGCUUAUAGGUAUGUAUACUAUUUUGUUACCUCAUUAUACGCAUCCUAGUAAUAGCUCAAAAUAGGUACCUAGACAAUCAUGGCUACAUACAAGGUUCUCACAAGGGCUGGGCUGUUGGGCCUUUUGAAAUGUUGUUAUAAAUACUUAUUUUAUAUUCAAUAAUAGUUUAUAGGACCCACAAUAAAGUUUAGUACAGAGGUCCAAAACUUGAUGUGAGGGUUAGACAUAAGUUAUGUUACUAGCAAUUUUUAUGGUUAUAGAAACGUUUAUCUAAAAGUUUUGACUACAUCAACUACUAUMGAUUAUUGUGAUGAGAAAAAUUGUUAUGGAGAGAAUUUAAUGAAUGUAGAAUGACAGAUUAGGGAUUUGGUGAUUUGGUUAAGUUUGAAAGUUUUUAGUUAGGGAAAGUCAAAUCCAAUUGUGUAGAAAAUUGUUGCUGCUCCAUGAUUAUACAUGGAUCGGUGAUUCCAUUAAUUGAAAURAAUUUUAGUUGUAUGUUUAAAUGUUAUAUAAUUUAGAUUAUAUUUAUAAGUUAAUAUAUAGUGGGCCACUAGUAAUCGAAAGCGACCAUUUAGGGACAAUAAGGACUGGAGUUUCGAGUUCGUUGUACAAAUGUAAGCUUCAACUAGGUGUGUGAGACGUCUAACAGCUGUGAUUGAAUAACAAAUAUAAGCAAUGGACACGAAAAUAUAGGAUAUUUUUUUUUUUUAACAAAAAUCAUAUGCUAAUCUUCCUAAAUUGAACGGUAGAAAGAAAUCUAUUUUAUUUUAAUAAGAUGAUGUUUACCAGUACCUAUCUUUGAUAAAUGUUAAUUAUCCAUUAAAGUAUUAACCUAUAGAAAUUUAAAAGUAUAUUUUUAG